GGUGUGGGGACCGCGGUGACACCCCCGGGGGUCACGAGGGCUUCGGGGGGCAAAAUGCCCCCCGUGACGGUGACGGCGUCGAGCGGGACACCGACGGUGGCCGCGGUGCCAACGAGGACUGGGGCGCCGUCUACCGCGUCACCGUCGUCAUCCGCGGCCGCCAUGAUGGCCACGGUGACGGUGACGACGGUGACGACGGUGACGACGGUGACGACGUCAACUGCGACGUCAAUGGCGGCCGUGGUGGCGUCAACGGCCGUGACGCCGUCGACUGUGACGAUGUCAACUGCGUCACCGUCAGCCAUGACACCGCCAACUGUGUCACCGUCAGCCAUGACACCGCCAACCGCGUCACUGUCAGCCAUGACACCGCCAACCACGUCACCAACGAUGGCCAAGAUGCCACCAAUGACCACAUCACCGCCAACCGCGUCACCGUCAGCCAUGACACCGCCAACCGUGUCACCGUCAGCCAUGACACCGCCAACCGCGUCACCGUCAGCCAUGACACCGCCAACCACAUCACCAACGGUGGCCAAGAUGCCACCAACAACCACAUCACCGCCAACUGCGUCACCGUCAGCCAUGACACCGCCAACUGUGUCACCGUCAGCCAUGACACCGCCAACCACGUCACCAACGAUGGCCAAGAUGCCACCAACAACCACAUCACCGCCAACCACGUCACCGUCAGCCAUGACACCGCCAACCGCGUCACCGUCAGCCAUGACACCGCCAACCACGUCACUGUCAGCCAUGACACCGCCAACUGCGUCACCAACGAUGGCCAAGAUGCCACCAAUGACCACAUCACCGCCAACCACGUCACCGUCAGCCAUGACACCGCCAACCACAUCACCAACGGUGGCCAAGAUGCCACCAACGACCACAUCACCGCCAACCACGUCACCGUCAGCCAUGACACCGCCAACCGCGUCACCGUCAGCCAUGACACUGCCAACUGUGUCACCGUCAGCCAUGACACCGCCAACCACGUCACCAACGAUGGCCAAAAUGCCACCAACGACCACAUCACCGCCAACCGCGUCACCGUCAGCCAUGACACCGCCAACCGCGUCACCGUCAGCCAUGACACCGCCAACCGCGUCACCAACGGUGGCCAAGAUGCCACCAACGACCACAUCACCGCCAACCACGUCACCGUCAGCCAUGACACCGCCAACCACGUCACCGCCAACCACGGCCCCCCCAGCAUCCGCACCGCCCCCGACGCCGACGUCACCGUCACCCGCACCGCCACCUCCUCCCACCGCGGUGCCACCCUCGGCGUCCCCCACCCAGGGGCGUUCCCAGGGCGGCCCCGGGGACGGCCCACCCCCAGGGGGGUCCAGUGGGGCGGCGGCCAUGCGUGGGGCUCCCCGCCGCGACGCCGGGCCCCCCCCCCCUGGCCCACCCGGCCCUCCAACGCCGCAGCGGGAACACCAUCACCGUGAGGCCCAGGCGGGGGGUGGGCUCCGAGGGGGGGUCCCCAGCGGUUCCACCACCGACCCCUCCCGUCCCCAACCCGGGGCCCCCCAAGAAGCGUUACCCCACGGCCGAGGAGAUCCAGGUCAUCGGGGGGUACCUGGCC